GGUGGCCUGGGGACAGGGCUGUUUUCUCCUCCUGCAGCACCCCCGGGACAGUGGGGCAGUGUGGUGCUAACGCCCUCUCUCUGUGCUGUGGACUUCCAGGCAGGCCCGCAAGCCGUGUGAGCCGUCGCAGCCGUGGCAUCGUGGAGGAGUGCUGCUUCCGCAGCUGCGACCUGGCCCUCCUGGAGACCUACUGUGCCACCCCCGCCAAGUCCGAGAGGGACGUGUCGACCUCUCCGACCGUGCUUCCGGACAACUUCCCCAGACACCCCGUGGGCAAGAUCUUCCAAUAUGACACCUGGAAGCAGUCCACCCAGCGCCUGCGCAGGACCCUGCCUGCCCUCCUGCACAACCGCCGGGGUCGUGUGCUCACCAAGGAGCUCGAGCUGUUCAAGGAGGCCAAGCGUCACCGUCCCCUGACCGCUCUGUCCACCCAAGACCCCACCCACGGGGGCGCCCCCCCAGAGAUGUCCAGCAAUCAGAAGUGAGAAAAACUGCCUGCCACGAGUCUGCGGCCCAGCACCACCACCUUCCUCCUGACCACGGGUGUUUCCAUCAGGUUCCAUCGCUAAAAUCUCUCGGUUCUACUUUCCCCCCGGGCUUCUCCUGACCCUAGCCCCCGUGCCCCGUCUCCCCAAAAACAGGCUACUCUCCUCUGCCCCCUCCAUCGGGCUGAGGAAAUACAGCAACAUCUUCAAAAAUGUACAAAAUUGAUUGGCUUUAAACAUUCUCUACGCCCCCACCAAAUUAUCCCCACACAUAAAAAAAUCAAACAUCAAACUAAACCCUUCCCCCAACACACAACGGCCCUCUUAAAACUAAUUGGCUUUAUAGAAACACCAGAAAAGCUCAGAAAUUGGCUUUAAAAAACCCAACAACCAAAAAAAUCAAUUGGCUAAAAAAAAAAAAAAAA